AUGUCGGCGCUCGCAAACGGCGUCGGAUCAUCAGCAGUCUCAUCCGAUACACAUACGCCCUCAAAAUCGAAGAAGCGCAAACAUGAAGGCGAGCUGGAUCGCUCGUCAAGCAAAAAGCAUAAGCAUGACAAGGUGAGGGAGCAAACGGAGCCUGCUGCGCCAGUAGAGACCGCAGAAGAGAUCGAGUUAGAGUCAAGCACAGGAAAAAAAAGGCGAAAAGAGGAGAGAAGGCGGAGGAAAGCUGAGAAGGCCGCGCGAAAAGAAGCAGAAGCUGCUCGAGACUGGGAAACAAAUGGUGAUGCGCCGGCAGAGCGUGCUGGGGACGAGGGAGUUGCGGGAUCGGUAGCAGAAGAUGUGGAGCCUUCAAUACAGCCCUCGAGCGAAAAGAAGAGAAAGAAGAAGCGGAAAGGUCACGAGGACGGCGAAAGAGAGCACACCAGCGACAAGCCACCAGCCGACGAAACUGGCGUCCUGCCCGCCACAAAGCCCCCUCGUGACGCCGACUCAGACAUCGACCUCCCAGAUGCACCACCAGUAGCAGCGACGUCGCCAUCACCGCCUCUGGACGCCCCAACAAACGUCGAAGAGACUCUCCUCUACCUCCCGAUCCCAGCCAUCGGUCUGACCACCUCCAACGCUCUCUCCUCCGUCAUCGCACAACACCUCUCCCCGUUACUCCUCACCUACUACCGCCCCGCAAACGGCAUCGUCCUCGCCUUUCAAGAUCCCGUCCUUUCAGCACACGACGGCGGACUCGGCCUAGAUGGGCCGAUGCGCCCUCCUUCCGACGAAAGCACUGUCGCGACCAGCGCUUCGGGCGAGGUCCUUGCCCGCACAGCAGACGAGUUCGGCGUUUGCUGGGCCUGGCUGACCACCACCUUCCUGGUCUUCCGGCCUACGCCGGGUGAGGAGAUGCUGGGCUGGACGAACGUCGCUAGCGAGGGGCUUGUAGGGCUGGUCAGCUAUAACAUGUUCCAGGCGAGUGUGGGCAAGGAGCGGAUCCCGGAGGAGUGGCGGUGGGUCGGUCCGGGAUCAGACAGCACGGCGCAUAGAAAGGAGCCGAGGAAGGGGAAGUUGGGCAGUCCGAUCAAGGAAGAUGCACCAUCCCAGCAUAAUCAGGCGCAGGCGGAUGAGGAUGAAGCUGCUGCAGCGGCGUCGAAAGUCACGAGACCCCGAAGCGAGGAUGAUGACAAAGGUCAUUUCCUCGAUACAGCCACCAACACCAGAGUCCCGGAUACACUGACGUACAAGAUCGUGGACGUCGAUCUCGUUCCCGGCCACGCGCACGGUACGCUCACGUACCAGAUCGACGCGAGCUUGCUGGAUGAGGCGGCGGAGCAGAGAGUCAAUGCUGAGGCCAAGGCGAGGUGGGAGCGGCAGAUGAAGCAGCGGAGUAGCGCUGGGGACGUGGUCAUGAGUGGUGGACUUAAUUCGUAG